CGCUCCCGGCCGCCCCCGCGCAGUGUAACCCUCCGUGCUCGGCAAAAUCAUCCACGGCGGAGAACUCCUAGUAGUAGUAGCCUGUAACCGCCGAUCACCUGCGAAGACUUGGAGAGAAAGCAAGGGGAAGCAAGCGUUCAUGGACUCCUUCUCGUCGCCGUCGCUGUCGCCGUCCGGGAACCCCAACCCGGAGGCGGUCAUGGAACAGAUCAAGGCGCAGCUCGCACAGGCUUACGCACAGGAGUUUCUUGAGACUGUCGGGAAAAAGUGCUUUGAGAAGUGUGUGACCAAGCCAGGAUCAAGCUUGAGUGGAAGCGAGAGCAGCUGCAUAUCACGUUGCGUUGACCGUUACAUCGAGGCAACUGGUAUUGUCAGCAGGGCUUUGUUCAGUUCCCAGCGCUGAGAACACGUGAAGACAAAUGAUUUCAAAGAACACAAUAACACUUGGUGCUUCAUGCAGUGUUAGUCGCCGUAAGACUCGAGAGGUUUUCCUGUUAGCCUCUGUUCUUUAGUAAAAGAAAACAGGCUCUAUUAAGUGGAGCAGAUCCUUAAUUGUGCUCAACUUGCGAUUUGUU